CCCAAAAUAUUUAGUGAAAAAAAAAAAGUUGGGUUUUAACAGGAAAAUAAUAAAAAUAGUGACGUUCUCUCUCAGCUUGUAAUACUUUUAACGCAUGUCAAAAAGAACAAUAUCAGACAUUAUCAAACAAUGGCGCAAACCCAUCAAAUCUUUACACGAAAGACCUAAGCCUUCUCAAUUACUACAAAUUGUGGAGGAUUCUCCCAGUUCCUUGGAAGCAAAACUAGCAGUCCAUGCGCAUGCUAAAAUAUUAGCUUCGCCUUUACGACUAUGCACUUUUCAUUUUCGCCAGUUUCCUAAUGAACUCAUGAUCCGUUUUGAAAAAGGUUGGCAUCAACCUACAAAAUUAUUUUGGGCUUUCCCCACCUUUAAGAAGUCCGGUGGAAAAGGAGUGUACGUCAAUCUUUCGAGAAAAGUGCUAGAGAUAUUUGGGAAGGGAAGUUACCGAGCAGCAUUUCGAGGUUCAGCCACGUACAGAAACGAUAUGCAAAACCACGUUGAAAGUCUCUUACAUAAGGAAUCAUUUGCUCAAUUUGCAAAACGCCCCUCAAACACAUUUCAUAUUCUGACAGCAAAAUCGGCAUCGCAGUGGAAAGCGAAUUCAACAUCACCCAUGGGGUAUCAAUGUAUUUUAUCUUUCAGUACGUCCGAAACAUUGUGUGAAUUGGACCAUCAGAUUGAAUCUUUGGAUGGGACCCAUCCGCAUGUUCCUUGCUAUCACAUACAACGGAUAUGGGAUAAACGAGAUAUUGAAUCCAUUCAUUUACCUGAAGAUGAUACAGUGGUUGCUUUAGGGGUACCAAGGAAAUUAGAUACUGUGGAUUUAGCAAUUGCAUUGUGGCGUUGUAGAAAAUUUGCAUCCUAACAGUAAUUUCUUAUUCUUUUUUAUUAUUUAUUAAAUACGAAUUGCACCAUUGCUAUUCCUCUUAUUUAUUUGACGACAACAGCAUAAAGUCAUGCAAGCUUGAGGAUUAUGAAUGCCACUUACAAUAAUCCGUCUUCUAAAAUACAAUUUCGCAAGUUCGGUUAUAAACUCAACAUCGGUCUGUGGAUCUAGACCUAGCUGAACAACAUCUUUUGGAUACAAGUGUAUGAUCUCACACCCUUCCUCUUCAUUGACAGAUAAUAUUGUCUGCAAGGUCGAUAAUAGAUAGUACGUUAGAGAAUGAAAGAAUCUA